CAUAAAAAGAACCUAAUCAGUAGUUCUCAGUCUCGUUGAUCCCCCGUGGUCCAUGACUAUAUUCAAAUACUAAGCCAUUUCCUCUUGUGCAUAGUUGUCAGUUUAUUUAGGCAUCUUGAUUUUUAUUAUUAUGGCCCACUUGGAAGGCUUUUAAUGCUUGUGUGGUUCACAAAUGCAGGGAUAGGGUUAAGCACUGGCCUAGUUUGGAGGGGUUGAGUAAAUUAUAUUGCAUGUUAUAAAAGUUAUUAUUUACUAUUACUGGCCUGAUAUGAGGGUUGAGCAAUUUAUAUUGCAUAUUGUAAAAGAUAUUAUUUACUUCACAAUGUAGCCUAUGUGAUGUAUAUGAUUUCAAUCUUUGACAUGGCCUUACUCAAAUCAAUAUUGAAGAUAUCAAGGUUACAUUUUCACAGGAUGUUCUUUACCCUUUGCAAGAUGAUUUUAUGUAGAAAACAGUAAAUCACAAUAAUAAUAAUAAUGACUUCAGCUGGAUUUUCACAGCCAGCCAGGAUCACAUAGCCUCUAUAUCCCACCGUUUAAGCCAAUAUACAUUACAGUCGCAUCAAGGUGGCAAUUUUACAGUGUGUUUACUUUACAAAGACAUUUUAAUGACGCUCAGAUAAGAUUUGACCUAAAUAUAUUUACACAGAAAUCACGAGCGCGGGAAACAAUGUAUCACGGGAACACGCGCUCAAACGUUGGUUAUUGGUUCCUGUGCAUAAAGACAGUCUACCUGCCUUCCUGUCAUACUAAAGUUUUAGAACAGCUCUAUUGUAGAAUCUCCUUCCUUUCAUUUUGUGUCGCCAAAAUAUAUUUAGUGAGUGAUUUAUAGCUAAUAACCUCGUUAGCCUAUAUUUUUUAAAUGACAGAAACCUAGAAGUCAUUCAGCAAAUAUAGCUCAGAAUACGCAAAAUAAACAGAAAAUCAUUAAAGAGCUAAACAGCCCAAAAUAAUAGUAAAAAGUGAUACAAACGCCAGUGUUUGACGUCACAGCUCAUGGGCGGGCCCCUAAUAUUUGAGGUGCACCACCGGUUUAGUACAUUAAUUAGCACAGCAAUUUAAAAACAAUAUGGCUACAUCAUGUAAACUAAAAGUCCCCGUAGUGUAUAAUUAUAAACGUGUGUGUGCGUGUGUUAAAAACUAAUAGGCCAGAAUAGUGUGGGGUUUUUUUGCUUAUUCACAAUUAUAUGCACUAAAAUGAGCGUGCACAAAUUUUAAUAAACGCAAACAUUUGCGGAGAUGUAAGAAUUUUAUGAUUAGAGGCGAAUCUAAAAAUAAACAAAUAAUGGUUUCCAGCUCCAAGAGUGCGCUCGCCUAGUGAACAGAUGAUCGCACUACAGGAGAAACGGCUCGCUCGCAGCCAAGUUCACACACUGCGAAGCGUUUUGCUCCGGAGCGGAUCGAGGCACCAAAUGCUGCGGCGCACUGCACCGGUUAUCAUGAGAGAAGAGGGGCGUUAUGCACGAGUAGAGCCUGGAUUUAGAUGAAAAGAAGAUCUUCAAGGUACUUCAACCACAACAUCCUCUCCUCGUCUUAAUGUCUCAUUGAACUAUCCGACAUGUCUUUUCCGCAUACCUAUGUGAUCCAUCCCGAAACAGAACCGGUUUCACCUGAUCCUCCGCUAUGAUCGCGGCCAGCGCGUUUGCUCAACAAAGGGGAUCCCGGUAUAGAAUCGCUACGGAAGGUCGGUCAUCAUCGGUGAGGGACCCACACACCGCUUUUAUUUUCAAUUUCUUCAACCGUUUCGCUUGGUGGACAGCUGCCAAAUAUUCUGGCUACCCUGGAGUCCGUGGAAAGCGAGGGCUGGGAUGGAGAAGUGUUGUCGCAGCUGUAUGCCCUGUCUGAAGACGCUGUGGGACUGCAUAUGGCCCGAGUUUUACUAUCCGAACACGGCUCGACCGGCCGAGAUCCGCACGGUUUCGGGUGAUAUCCGGGUCCCGGCUCCUAAGAGGAAACCGGCGCAGCUGUACGCGGCGCUCUUCGACUUCGAAGCCCGCAGUGAGGAAGAGCUGACGGUGAAAGAAGGGGACAAACUGUCUGUCAUAGAAAAGAGGGGAGAUUAUGUACUUGCCAAGAAGCUGACGGGGUCCCUGGAGUCCGGAUUGGUCCCUGCUAAUUAUGUGGCCCUAGUACAGGAUGAAUUCGCUAACUACAGAUGGUACUAUGGGAAUAUAAACAGACAAAAGGCUGAGAAGCUGCUUCUGAGUUCACAGAACAAAACUGGCUCCUUCCUCGUGAGGAUCAGUGAGAGCCACAGUGAUGAAUAUACUAUCUCAGCCAGAAGUGAAAACAGCGUCUUCCAUUUCCGUAUUCAUCGCUCACCGAUUGGUGCUUACUUUGUGUCUGACAAGAUCUCUUUUGGCACUCUGGAUGAGCUCAUCAGAUACUACCAGCAAAACUCCAGAAGUCUGGGAUGCCCCUUAGACCAGCCGUGUGAACAGCAAAGAGAGUUGUUUGACAUGGAGCCAUGGGAGCGGCCGAGGGAGGAGUUUCAGCUACUCAAGAAGCUGGGGGAGGGCCAUUUUGGGGAAGUCUGGGAAGCUGUCUGGAUCACAAAGAAACAGAAUGUGGCCAUCAAGAUGCUCAAACAAGAGGACACAAAAUUGGAUGAGUUUGUGAAGGAGGUCCAUGCACUGAAAAACCUGCACCAUCCUAAACUGAUUGAGCUGUUGGCUCUCUGCACACGAGGGGAGCCGGUCUACAUUGUCACUGAGCUCAUGACUAAAGGAAGUCUCAAAUCUUAUCUUGCUUCUCCGGAGGGCCAGGUGUUGACCUCUGCUCACCUGAUCCACAUGGCUGGUCAGAUAGCAGAAGGAAUGGCAUAUCUGGAAGAUCGACACAUUGUCCACAGAGACCUUGCAGCUCGAAACAUCCUGGUUGGAGAAGACCUGGUGUGUAAAGUGGCUGACUUCGGUUUGGCUCGCAUCAUUAAGGAUAGUGUGUAUACUGCUAGUAGAAACACCAAGAUUCCUGUGCGGUGGACGGCUCCAGAAGCUGCUCUCUACCAGCGUUUCUCAGUCAAAUCUGACGUCUGGUCUUUUGGAGUGCUGCUGUAUGAGAUGAUGUCGCGUGGAAAGAUGCCAUAUGAUGGGAAGAAUAAUAAGGAGGUGAUGGAGAUCCUGUCGUCGGGUUACAGGUUACCGUGUCCAAAUCGCUGCCCCCCAAACAUCUACCGCAUCAUGAUGGAAUGCUGGCACGCGGAGGCUUCCAAACGGCCCUCGUUUCAUGCCCUUCACAGUCAGCUGGAAAAUAUCUACUCCAGAAUCUACUUCAAAACCAUUGAGGUGUAGAAGAGGUGGACUGAAACAGAAGAUUUUGUGGGACAGAAAGGAGAAUGAAGAAAAGAUUUGCAUGGACAAUGGUGCACAUACGAUUGACUCUCUUUUUGACUGCUUAUAUUAAUGAAGUUAUGUGCAAUUAUAAAUGCUUGUUUUAAAGAGGAUAAAAGAUUAAUUGAGAGUGGAGGAGAGAAACAUGCAUCUCCUUAAUCUGACAGGACCAGAUUAUCUGUAGCUCGAGGUUGCGAAUCUUGAUUAUGAUUGGAUCAAGAUGCCAAGCACUGUUAUUUACUGUCAUAAUAUCCGUCUUUUAGAGUGCACUUACUGUAUUUUGCGCUAGAGCUGAUCUGGCCCAUUUCCGUUUCUGUAGUAAUAGGAACAGGAGAUUAUUUGGUCUGAUGUUUUCAGGUCAGAGUUUAUGUUUACAAAAGAUUCACCUGCCAGUAUGGACAGGUGUUGAGACGGUGAAAACUACAGUCAUUUUAAGUUCGAACUGUUGGGUGUCUUUAGCCUAUGUGAAGGCAGGCUGCACAAAUAACUGUACCAGGUACACAAUCUUGAAAUUAACACUGUGGUUAACACAGGAGCCAUAUGACAAAACUACCUGGGUAGGUGUCCUCAUGAUCGGUUUCGUAGAAAUCACAUCCAUGUCAGAAGUCAAUUGUCUUCCAAUGAAUUAUACAAGAUGAAUUCUUAAGAUAACUCUUGUAAAUAAAAUAUUUUUUCAGUAUA